AUGCAGUGCUGUAGCAUAAGGAUGAUCUUAACUAAACCGACAUCAUCUCCAUCGUCAACAACUAUGACUUCCUCAACAAGCACCCCGACUACUGACACUACGACGACUACCUAUCACUUUCACAUUUCCCACGUCAUUGAAAAUAAUCCUACUGUCCUGAUAUUUUAUGAACAGAAUAUCACAACAUCGUCUACAACUAUGACUUCCUCAACAACCAGCCUGGUGGCCACCACUGGGUUUCAGGAAGUAACAUCGUCGACAACUAUGACUUCCUCAGCAACCACCCCGAUGAUCACCACUUUGACUACUAGCACUACGAAAACUACUGCAACAUCACCAUUGUCUACAACUAUGACAUCCUCAACAGCCACCCCGAAGGCCACCACUUCAACCACUGGCAGUAUGUCAACUACCUUGACUGCAAUGAGUACUGUGCCCACUUCCACAACCACAGAUCCCACAUCAUCUACUAGACCAUGUCCAUGUACCUGUGGCGAUCACGUUUUGAAUCUUUGUGUCCGCCCAAUUUUCUGCACUCCGUGUACAACAACAUCUCCAUCGUCAACAACUAUGACUUCCUCAACAAGCACCCCGACUACUGACACUACGACGACUACCUCAACUACUAUGAGCACUGUACCGACUUUCACAACUACAGAGCCUACGACAUCUUAUACACCAUGUCCAUGUACCUGUAAAAAUCAAGCUUUGAAUUAUUGUGUCCGUCCAAUCUACUGUUCUCCAUGCUCAAUAACAUCGUCGACAACUAUGACUUCCUCAGCAACCACCCCGUUGAUCACCACUUCGACUACUAGCACAACGAAAACUACUGCAACAUCACCAUUGUCUACAACUAUGACAUCCUCAACAGCCACCCCGAAGGCCACCACUUCAACCACUGGCAGUAUGUCAACUACCUUGACUGCAAUGAGUACUGUGCCCACUUCCACAACCACAGAUCCCACAUCAUCUACUAGACCAUGUCCAUGUACCUGUGCCGAGCACGUUUUGAAUCUUUGUGUCCGCCCAAUUUUCUGCACUCCGUGUACAACAACAUCUCCAUCGUCAACAACUAUGACUUCCUCAACAAGCACCCCGACUACUGACACUACGACGACUACCUCAACUACUAUGAGCACUGUACCGACUUUCACAACUACAGAGCCUAUGACAUCUUAUACACCAUGUCCGUGUACCUGUAAAAAUCAAGCUUUGAAUUAUUGUGUCCGUCCAAUCUACUGUUCUCCAUGCUCAAUAACAUCGUCGACAACUAUGACUUCCUCAGCAACCACCCCGAUGAUCACCACUUCGACUACUAGCACUACGAAAACUACUGCAACAUCACCAUUGUCUACAACUAUGACAUCCUCAACAGCCACCCCGAAGGCCACCACUUCAACCACUGGCAGUAUGUCAACUACCUUGACUGCAAUGAGUACUGUGCCCACUUCCACAACCACAGAUCCCACAUCAUCUACUAGACCAUGUCCAUGUACCUGUGGCGAUCACGUUUUGAAUCUUUGUGUCCGCCCAAUUUUCUGCACUCCGUGUACAACAACAUCUCCAUCGUCAACAACUAUGACUUCCUCAACAAGCACCCCGACUACUGACACUACGACGACUACCUCAACUACUAUGAGCACUGUACCGACUUUCACAACUACAGAGCCUAUGACAUCUUAUACACCAUGUCCGUGUACCUGUAAAAAUCAAGCUUUGAAUUAUUGUGUCCGUCCAAUCUACUGUUCUCCAUGCUCAAUAACAUCGUCGACAACUAUGACUUCCUCAGCAACCACCCCGAUGAUCACCACUUCGACUACUAGCACUACGAAAACUACUGCAACAUCACCAUUGUCUACAACUAUGACAUCCUCAACAGCCACCCCGAAGGCCACCACUUCAACCACUGGCAGUAUGUCAACUACCUUGACUGCAAUGAGUACUGUGCCCACUUCCACAACCACAGAUCCCACAUCAUCUACUAGCCCAUGUCCAUGUACCUGUGGCGAUCACGUUUUGAAUCUUUGUGUCCGCCCAAUUUUCUGCACUCCGUGUACAACAACAUCUCCAUCGUCAACAACUAUGACUUCCUCAACAAGCACCCCGACUACUGACACUACGACGACUACCUCAACUACUAUGAGCACUGUACCGACUUUCACAACUACAGAGCCUAUGACAUCUUAUACACCAUGUCCGUGUACCUGUAAAAAUCAAGCUUUGAAUUAUUGUGUCCGUCCAAUCUACUGUUCUCCAUGCUCAAUAACAUCGUCGACAACUAUGACUUCCUCAGCAACCACCCCGAUGAUCACCACUUCGACUACUAGCACUACGAAAACUACUGCAACAUCACCAUUGUCUACAACUAUGACAUCCUCAACAGCCACCCCGAAGGCCACCACUUCAACCACUGGCAGUAUGUCAACUACCUUGACUGCAAUGAGUACUGUGCCCACUUCCACAACCACAGAUCCCACAUCAUCUACUAGACCAUGUCCAUGUACCUGUGGCGAUCACGUUUUGAAUCUUUGUGUCCGCCCAAUUUUCUGCACUCCGUGUACAACAACAUCUCCAUCGUCAACAACUAUGACUUCCUCAACAAGCACCCCGACUACUGACACUACGACGACUACCUCAACUACUAUGAGCACUGUACCGACUUUCACAACUACAGAGCCUAUGACAUCUUAUACACCAUGUCCGUGUACCUGUAAAAAUCAAGCUUUGAAUUAUUGUGUCCGUCCAAUCUACUGUUCUCCAUGCUCAAUAACAUCGUCGACAACUAUGACUUCCUCAGCAACCACCCUGAUGAUCACCACUUCGACUACUAGCACUACGAAAACUACUGCAACAUCACCAUUGUCUACAACUAUGACAUCCUCAACAGCCACCCCGAAGGCCACCACUUCAACCACUGGCAGUAUGUCAACUACCUUGACUGCAAUGAGUACUGUGCCCACUUCCACAACCACAGAUCCCACAUCAUCUACUAGACCAUGUCCAUGUACCUGUGGCGAUCACGUUUUGAAUCUUUGUGUCCGCCCAAUUUUCUGCACUCCGUGUACAACAACAUCUCCAUCGUCAACAACUAUGACUUCCUCAACAAGCACCCCGACUACUGACACUACGACGACUACCUCAACUACUAUGAGCACUGUACCGACUUUCACAACUACAGAGCCUAUGACAUCUUAUACACCAUGUCCGUGUACCUGUAAAAAUCAAGCUUUGAAUUAUUGUGUCCGUCCAAUCUACUGUUCUCCAUGCUCAAUAACAUCGUCGACAACUAUGACUUCCUCAGCAACCACCCUGAUGAUCACCACUUCGACUACUAGCACUACGAAAACUACUGCAACAUCACCAUUGUCUACAACUAUGACAUCCUCAACAGCCACCCCGAAGGCCACCACUUCAACCACUGGCAGUAUGUCAACUACCUCAACGCUGUCAACAACUAUGACUUUAACAACCACUCCGACUUCCCCAAUAACCACCACUUCAUCUACUAGCAUCCUGCUAGAGGACUUGAACAUGGGACCUUCUGAUCACUUGCUCAAUAAAUGCAAUACUAUUGCAGUCUAUGGAAUUUAA